AGUAACAAAGUCAUAGAGAAUGAAGUUAAUAAGAAAAAAUUGCUGAAGAAGAAACGUCGAAGGUUGAAACCUGAGGAAUUAUAUACGGACAAAGAUCGAGCAGCCGCCGUUAAUAUGGGUACUAAAGAUAUAAAGCAAAGCUUGAAAUUGAAAAGACAGCAGGAUAGGUCUAAAAACUUACAGAUUCCUGAAGAAGCUGAUCCUGCCACCUUUCUGGCACUUGGUAACUAUGAAAUGGGAAGAAAGGAUACUCAAAUAGCCUUAAACUUUAUAAACAAGGCUUUGGAAUUGAAUCCUGUGGAGAAAAACGCUUUGGUCGCAAGAAGUAAAUGCUACAUUAUGCUUGGACAGCCCGAGAACGCGUUGAAAGAUGCAGAAACGGCAUUGGGUAUUGACAAGAAAUAUUUGAAAGCGAUCUACCAGAAAGCCGAAGCUUUAUAUUAUAUGGGAGAUUUUGAGCAUAGCCUUAUGUACUUCCAUCGAGGGCUGCACGUAAGACCAGACCACCAAAAUUUUAAAUUGGGCGUGGAGAAAGCACAGAAAGCAAUAGAAAAUGCCCUGGGAAUAGGAACUAAGAAACGUUCUUCUCGGAAUUCAACGCCAGUCAGCACCAAUAGAUCUAAAUCUUGUAGUAAAUUGGUCGAAGAACGGUCUCAAAAAUCAGCUUGCUCCAAGAAAAUCAAGAAAUCUAGCAGACUGCUUAGAGAGUUGGCAGUAGAUAAAGAUUAUUUGGAUAAUCUAUUGAUGCAUCCAGACAUCAGAUGUAAGCACAAAGAGGAUGUAGAAGAUCCUGUUGUUAAUCAUAUUCGUGAAGCAGUUGAAUAUCUUAACAAACGGCAAGAAUUCUGGAGACAACAAUUACCUCCAAACUUUACUUAACUAUCGCAAAUUGAUAAUUCUAAAUAGUUUCGUAGGUGUGUAUUCUUUUAGUAUUAA